GCUCGGUCAAUACUUUUUCUCAAAAUAAACUUGAUUUAACAACAAAAAGUGAGGAAUUAUCAAACGUAUGCUUUCGAUGUAAAUAUUUUAAAGAAAUGAUUAAAACACAAGAAAAAGAAGCUAACACUAAGAAAGAAACUAUUAAUAUGCUAGAAAAAACAAUUAAAGAGCGAGACGAAGAAGUCAGAACCAAGCAAGAAAUAAUUAGUAAUUUAGAA